AUGGCGGAUCCAAUCACUAUUACAACAGCAGUAGCUUCCGCGCUCAAAGCCAGUGUGGCGCUCCACGGAGCCAUCCGCGACUACAGAAGCCAGAACAAAGACGCUCGAGGGCUCAAAGCAGAAGUUGGUGAUUUGAGCGGGGUUUUGAGCUCACUCUUCGAGACAAUCGCAACCAACCCAAGUCUCGACUUUGAAGCUCUCCGGCAGCCGCUCCAGCGAUGUUGUGAUGCCUGUGAAGAUUAUAGCAAAAUCAUUGCCCGAUGCACGAAACAUUCCAACGAUACAACGCGCCCAAGCGUUCGGGACUGGGUCACGCAAAAGUACCUCCAAGGAGAUAUCAACGAUUUCAAGGCCAUGCUAGCGGCGCACAAGUCGACCAUCAACAUCGCUCUCGCGAAUGCCAACAUUCGCAUCGCAGCCAUAUCGCCUGAGGUUCUCAAGGAUUACAAGGAUAUGAUCUUUGACACCACCGGCGACCUGACUACGCAUCUCCAGGACAUGCAGGAGAAGAUCGAUCGCCUCAAAUCCGGAGAUGCUACAGCCGUCGACGAUAUCGCGUUAGAGUGGCAUGCGAUGUUAGAAGAGAAGGAAAGCACUAAGCAGGGCCUCAAAAUGUGCACCCAAUUGUCCGCUCAGCUUGCACAAUGCGAGGCCACGUCUGUGGAAUCUACACAGUUUUCCGGACGUCCAUCGGCACAUAAGCACAUCAAAAAUGGUCUUGGUGAAGCCGGACGGUCUAUCCAGUCUCUCGUAAGCCGUCUCCAAGAGCACGAAGCCAUUGUCAGCAGCCAACUAGAGGCAAUGUCUCUACAAGAGGACCUCCCUGAGCCCGUGAUCUCCCAGCUGGACAGACUCCAAAAGAUGAAGGAGAGCCUUAGCCAGUGUAUUCAGAUUGUCUCUGAGGCUGGCGACCAAGCCAACGAGCGAAGCAAUGUCUUUGAGGAUCUGACCUUGGCAGAGAACAGUUACGCCAUCUCGGUUUCGACAGUGAAGGAUCUCGUAGUAGCCCGACGACUUAAUCUAAGCGGUCGAUCUCGGCAUUUGGGGGGGCAAGUCACAGAUGAAACUGUGCAAAAGUCUAUGGAGGCUCUGACGCAACUGGAUCUGGAGCAUCUUCGGUCUUCGGCAGGCACACAAAGUCGUCGACAGGCUCAACAGACAGAAUCGGGGGUGUCCAUGCAUGCCACAAAGUUCAACGACCGUUUUGGACCUGGAGUUACGCUUUUAGCAAGGAAAGCGAAUGACUGA